AGCUGCAUUGUAGUUCAUUAUUAGCGAGCAGCCGUGUAACGUUAUUGAGUGUAACAUUUCAUUGAUUAAAAACGGCCGUCUUUAAAGGCUCUACUUGCGAGUUCCGCGAGACUGGUAGGCAUCAUCAUCAGCUGUAUCGUCUGCUUUCCGUGCUUCCCUCCCGAUUAGCCUUCCCUACCCUAAUUUCAGCUGCUGCGUACUUUAUUUCCUCGAUGCUGUCAGUCCCUUUACCGCUGUUGGCUCGAACGUUCAGGGCCUGCUCACUGUUAAUCGCAUCUUUGAGCGUGUGUGUGCCAACGAGUUUCACAUCGUGCGGUCGAGUCGUCGUCUGUCAAGGCGCCACUGAUACUUUGUGACGUCGACUGCGGUUUGUUGUGAGCCGUCCUUCGUUACCUUGGUUCUGCCAUGUGGUUCGCCCUGGCGCGACCCAUUGCUCCGAGUCGAUCAGCGGUCACAUUUAAGCUUGGUGUCAUGGCCCAGGAACGCCUGAAAACCAUUGUUGGCCACCUCAAAGGUGGUGGCAUUAAUAAUGUCAUUAGCAUGUUUGAGGACAAGAACAUUCUGGAAGAAGUCAACAAGAAGAUUGCCGCAGCACAGUCAAAGGGAGGCUUUCGCUUCACCCUCGACAGCUGUCGACUGUCGGAUGAGCAGCGGCGCUUUUAUGAGGACAAUGGCUUCAUCAUUAUGCGCAAUUUGGUUUCUUCACAAGACCUUGAUGCCUACAAGAAGCGGUUCCAGGACAUUGCUGAUGGCCAUGUGAAGGUACCAGGCCUGGUGGUCAUGAAGGACAUCUCCAAGGUGGAUGCAGAUCACAGUGAGCAUGUUGUCAACAAGUUGCAAGAACUGUACAUGGACGAUGUGCUGUUCAGCUAUUGCACUAUGCCACAGAUCCUGGACUAUGCAAGCUCAUUCUGUGGGCCCAAUUUGACUGCAGUUCAUACAAUGCUCAUCAACAAGCCACCAGACACGGGGGCUCUGACAUCGCGUCACCCGCUGCACCAGGACCUGUACUACUUCCCGUUUCGGCCAGCAGACCGCAUCGUGUGUGCGUGGACGGCCUUGGAGAAAGUGACACGUGAGAACGGUUGUCUCGUGGCCAUCCCUGGAUCACAUCACGGAGAGCUGCUGGAGCACGGCUACCCGGAGUGGGAGGGUGGCGUGAACAAGAUGUACCACGGAGUCAAGGGCCUGGCAGACAGUGUGUUCGACAAGCGUGUCCACUUGGAGAUGGAAGCCGGUGACACUGUGUUCUUUCAUCCGGUUCUCAUCCAUGGGUCAGGCGCUAAUAGGACCAAGGGCUUUCGCAAGGCCAUCUCGUGUCACUACGCGGCCUCUGAGUGCGAGUACAUAGACGUGGAAGGCUCUGUCCAGGACCCCAUUGCCGAAGAAGUGCUCGAGAUCUUCCACAAACGCUUCCCACACAUUGCUGUGAAGAGCUAUGCGGAUGUGUGGAAGUUGAGGGCCCGCCAUGUUCGAGGCCAGCAGGGGAACCUAUAAGUUUCACAUGGUGCUGUGGUGGCGGUACAUAUAUAGCUCAAGGAGUCAAGAAGAACCACUUGGUCAUAACCAGAGAGCUUAACACCGGCAAUUUACAGCUCUAUUUUUGGACCUUCUUACCAUGUAAGAUAAAAUGGGGUUGAAUGGGAUUGUUUUCA